AUGGAUCCUUUCUCUAUCGUGGUAGGAGCUGCAGGCUUGGCAGAGAUCUCUGUCAGUGUGAUAUCCUAUCUUAAUGAUAUCCGAAAAGGCUCCGCUAGAAUCAAUGAUGAGAUUGCCAUAUUGACUCAUGAGGUCAAAUCGCUCAGUGAUGCCAAUGAUGCUGUCCUGAAUUUCUGGUAUUCCAGACCUGACUCGACUAGCUUUGAUGCGUCGCUCAAUAGCACAAGUCAAGACGAUAUCUCGAAAUCUCGAAUUAACGAAAAUUGGAAAAAGCUACGCGGUCUUUUGGAACAGAGUGAACACACCAUUAAGAGCCUACGCGCCUUGCUCGAGGAAAUCAUUGGAAAGACAGGCCGUUCUGGAGGGACAAAGCUCGACGAUCUGAGAAAAACAAUUCGGAAACAGGAUCGGGAUGGCGAAUAUAUGCAAAUACGCGCGCGUCUCACGAACAACCAGCAGAGCAUUUCAAUGUUUCUGUCUAUGCUUACUCUUUCAUACACGCUUAGUCGACACGCAGCAGAUGACAUUGUUGUGGGAAAGAUAUCAGAGGAUUUGCAGUACCAAACGAAUAGACUAGAGGGCAAGAUCAGCAGUCUCCGCUCUGCGCUCAAGGGUUCCGUUGACUCAAACGAUUUCGAUGAAUAUAUCAAAUCAGCAAAUCAAGUGGCCGGGCUCACUAAGUUCAACAAGCAUUUUUACAUACCACACAGUGUAAGCAGCUAUUAUACUGGUCGACAGAAGCAAUUGGAAGAAUUGAAAGCUACUCUCAAUGUUUUGGAAUCUCGCAAACGCCAAGACCACCAAAAGCGCUUCGUCAUCUACGGGCUUGGGGGCUCUGGAAAGACAGAGUUCUGUUGCAAAUUUGCUCAGGAUAACAGAGAACAUUUCUGGGGAAUCUUUUGGAUCGAUGGAAGUUCCUACGAAAAUGCCAAACACUCUUAUGCUGAGAUUGCUAAGAAUGGUGGUGUUGAGCCUAACGAAAACGCGGCAAAGGCCUGGUUAUCGAGUCUAGAGUACCCUUGGCUUCUUCUGAUUGACAAUGCCGAUGACGACGAAAUUGAUGUCACGCGUUACUUUCCAGGAGGAGAAAGAGGCAUGAUUCUCAUUACCACUCGCAAUCCCUUCAACAGAACACAUGGAACUGAAGGCGCUGGAUCUUUUCAUUUCGAAAAGCUUGAGGCUGAGGAAGCAAGCGACCUACUUCUCGCAGCUGCGGUGAUCCACCGUCCUUGGGAGGCAGCGACACGAGAGUAUGCCCACAGAGCCGCUCGGAUUCUUGGAUACCUGCCUCUUGCACUCAUCCAUGCUGGAAAGGCUAUUUUACAAAAGCUGUGCCCUCUCAGUGAAUAUCCAGAGUACUACCGACGAACGUGGGACACCGUCCGCACGACUCGAAGCAGAAGUCCAUCUCAUGGCAAUGAAAACGAGCACAUGUCAAAAAUAAGUGUAUGGUCUACAUAUGAGAUCAUAUACGUCGGCCUUGAGCGAAAAGACAGCCCCCAAUCAAGAGAUGCUUUAGAGCUUUUGAAGACUUUUUCGUUCUUCCACUGGGAAAAUAUUGAAUUUGAAUUUAUCACAAGCGCAGCACUGAAUCCUCGACGGGAAAGAGAGGACGCUCGGGCCAGGCAGCGUGCCACCAUACCAGCGCUUAUGCAAGCGAAACCGAAGACAUGGACGAAAAAAUUUCGCGGAUGGGCUGCAGCUAUCGUGGAGAAGCUGACGAGACCGGGCGUCACUUUGCCUGCUCUCCUAAGGGAUGAUGAUGAUAAUCCGUUUUCUGUCGACCGGCUGCGCGAUGCUCUGUCUCUUCUGGAGCGGCUUGGGUUGUUGACACAGCAUGAAGAGAAUAACAGUUACUGGUUACAUCCACUGGUGCAUGACUGGGUACGACAGAGACCAGAGACAAGCACAGCUGAACAAGCCAUUUGGUGUCAAGCAGCAGCCACGAUGUUAGCUCAGUCUAUUUUUUUUCAGCCUCCGAAUGGACAUGCGAUUCUAAAUGAACGACUUAUGAAGCAGAUCUAUCCUCACGUGGAAACAGUACGGAAGUUCCAAGCGGAUCUUCAGGCGGAUCUCAAAAAAAACUUUGAAGAGGCAAAAGGCGGUCCACCUAGCCGUUGUUGGCCUUUGUCAAUGCCGUGGUUCAUCCCUCGCCCGGGGUUUGGGAGGCUUCAGGCCAUUGAAUAUGCAAAGUUUAGCUUGGUUUAUCUCCAUUGCGGAUACUGGGCUAAAGCGGAAGAGCUACAAGUUCAAGUGAAAGACUUCGUAUUUUCACGCCUAGGGGCGGAUUCGGAACCUGGGAUCAGAAUUGCUCUUUUGUUGUCUACCGUAUAUGCCAUACAGACACGGAACAAUGAAGCAAGAAUACUACAGUACGAAGUUCUCGAGUCAGCUAAGAGCUUAUUUGGACCGAAACAUCCCACAACUUUGCAGAUUAUGGAUACGCUCGGAGCCACUUGUCUAUUAUGCACCCGACUUCACGAAGCCCACCUAUUGCACCAAGAGGCUUUCGAAAAUUUGGCACAGUUGGAAGGCAUUGGCCCUGACCACGAGCUUACUUGGACUGCUUUGGCAAAUCUUGCCAAAGUCAAGCUACGCUAUUUUGAUAAUGAAGGGGCAAUCAAGCUGCAAUCACAAGUAUACGAAGGAUUCUUGAAGCUAUUAGGUCCGAAGCAUUCAAAGACUCUACAGGCCCAGAUUGAUCUUGCUGAUAUCGCUGGAUUUAUGGGCGAGGAACACCUUGAGCCUUCGCUGAAGAUGAGCGAAGAAGUCGUGGAGAUUCGGAUGAAUACACUAGGACGUGAACACCCGCUCACACUUCAAGCCAAAUUGACAAUGGCGAAAAUCAACAUUGCUAUGAAUAACUUCAAGGCGGCGGAAGAACUGUUUCGAGAAGGGUUGCCCGCCGCUGAACGAAAUUUGGGCGAAAAUCACUUGGGAACCCUAGCAGGUCGCACUUGGCAUGGGCAUCUUUACUGGCGUCAAGGCCGGUACUCGGAGGCGCAAGCUAUAUGGGAAGAUGUGAUGAAUAAACAAAGAUAUGAAAAUGUCAAGCGUGCAGACGGGGAGCAUUCGGAUCGAGUUCAAGCAAUGUGGUUCUUGGUCCACUGCUACGAGGACCAGGGCAGAAUUGACGAUGCUCUCAAGAUGUGUGAAGAAGUACUUCAUCUUGUUCAUGACUUUGGAGGGCAAGGCCUAGGACGAAAGCAUAAAAUGUGGCAGAAUCUGAUGGAAAAGAAGGAAGAGCUACUUACACUGAAGGAGUGUAUAAGCUACAGUGCCGCAGAUGAUGAGUCACAUACAUUAUGGCCCCACCAGCAAACGCAUUCUUCUUCAGGAAUCCCACCAAAGAAAGUCGUUAAAGACUUUACUUUCUAA